UAUAUAUACCGACGAUGGUUGAGCGAAAGCUAUUCAAGACAAAGCUAUGCGUGCUGUAUCAGAAAGGUCACUGUCCGCGUCAGACCUGUUCGUUUGCUCACGGAGAUGCGGAGCUCCGGCGCUUCUCUGCUUCCUUCAAUGAACAGAUUAUUCUGGUUGGUUUUAUCUUGAUGGUGCUUAUGACAUUAUUUCUGAGAAAACUUCAUCUUGGUUUAUGCUAUGCAUCUAAGAAACAACAGUUUUGUAUGAAGGAUCAGAAUUAGGUGUUUAUGGAAUAUAAUACCUUCCAAAAUAUAUAGAUCAGAAGCUGGUUCGAUGGAACAUCCAAAUGUUUUUCUCUACCAAGCUCUGCAGUUAAUAUUGGUGGAGCAUGUGGUAUUUUCUUCAUUCUUCAUUUGUGACUUCUCCUUGAAUUACAUUGCAAAGAGGUAUCUUGGAUGGGAAUUGUGCUCAGAAAACACCAAUAUAUUGCAUGUGGGGUGAAUUAUUUUAUAUCUUGAUGUGGCACUCGGAACCAACCUGUACCAUACAGAUUGCAUAUUUCUUGUUCCUCAAGAAGACAAGGAUGUCUCCUAUUCUUUAUCAGUUGCUUCCAUGAUAUUCGAAUGGUUUUCUCCAUGGUGUAAGUGCAAACACUGGUAUAUCUAUAUCUAAUUCAUUGUGUGAGAGCGCUAAUUUCCAUGGAUCCUGUGACACUGGCAAGAAGACACUAUAACUAUUCAUUAUUAUGUUACUCAUGUUGUACCAUGUAAUGGUAAGAUUAGCUUCAUAUAAUGGUAGACGUGACUAUCGAAAUAGUGACUUGAGAGAUAAGAUUGACAGAAGGCAUUCUCCGCCGCGUAGGUAUUCUCCUGAGAGAGAUACAAGAGGCCGACAUACACUUCGUGGAUACAGCCCCAUCAGUUCUCCUGGGAAAAGUGACAGAAAACGCCGAAAGAAACAUCAGCUGGAUGGUCAAAGUGAUUUUUCUGGAAGUGCUAAAAUCUCAGAUGGGUCCGAUGAUCGAAUUAGACACAGAAAGCUUACAUCAUCUGAUUCCAAAGGUGUUCUUGGGGAGCAGUUAAGCCAAGUGCAGACAGAAAUCAACAUGCUGAAUAGCCACAAAGGCCAACUGGAGAUAUACUUGGAAGAGAGUGUCCAAGAAGUAGAUUGUCUAAAUUCGCAGAUCCAGGAACUAGAGAUGCAAUUGUGCCAAGAGAAAGAGGAAUGCAAAAGAAUCACUUCAAAGAUUAAGAAGUUCGUCAAAGCACAUAAUCGUUACUCACGCUUACAAGAUGAACUGAAGAGGUCGCAUGACCGACUUCAGAAGCUGGGAGAUCAUCUGGGUUCAGAUGCUGCUAGGCUUGGUGCCACUGAGGAUUCAAGCAUCAACAUUUUAAGUGAUGGAGAGCCUGCUGGUAAUCAUGCAAUGAGCCCUCCGAAUCAGCUGCAAAAGAAUGUUUCUCCGAACAAGAAAAGGCUACAGGUGAAUGUGGAAGCUGCUGAGGAAUCGAAAUCAGCAAAUCUGAUGAAAGGAGAAGGAACUAUGAUGGGAACAAUCAGAUUACAGAAGAAUUCCCGAUGGAAUAUGCAACAUUUUCAAUACAACAAUAACAAGGAAGCUGAGAUAGAGGAUAAUGGAAACAACAAUCGUAGGACCCUGGCCAAUGAAGACAUGCCUAAAAGGGGGAAGAAUUUGUUUACUAAUGUUUCCUCAGCAGAGAAGUUUAAGGGUUCUGAACCAGGCCUGAUCUUGCCACCUACCAGCAUGGCUGCUCAUGCAGUCGAUGAAGUUCUUGAAACAAUCGAAGUGGAGGAUCUUGAGGUUGUUGAAACAGCUUCUGCAGGAGUUCACAAAGGGGGUACCUCUGGAAUCCCAGGCUUGCCAUUUCCACUGCCGCCGCCACCACCACCACCUCCUCGUCCAGUCCCGCAAAAUGGUUAUCCACAGUAUCAGGGUGAGGAUGAGAAUGUAGAUGUGGAGGCACUUGAGGAGGAGAUGGUUGAUGUGGAUAUUGUUUGACACUACGCAGUAGAUUGCUUUCUGUCACUGUUUGCAUAACUCUUUCCUUCUUUGAUAACCUUGUAGAGAGAAGCCGUUAAGUAUGGUUGGUAUAAUUAACAUGCACUUCAACAAUUGUUUUGUUUUAUUUUCUUUAGAAUGCUGUGUUGAAAUGUGGAGAGAGUUGAGAGGGUUGUUUUGAAACCUUGUAAUGGAAUUAGAAACAGCAGCUCAAGCAAAGAGAAUUUUGAAUAGCAAAUAGAUGGAUUCCUACUAGCCUUUUGUUUA